AUGUUUUGCCGUAACUGGUGCGGUCUUCCUCGCGAGGUACACUUUCCGUCUGGAUUAAAGGAGCUUGGCUAUUUUGUCAACGCUGAGGACGAAGUCCGCUCCAUUGCCAACCCAGACUACUACUUCAACUAUUUCCUGAGCAAAAACUCGCGAGUGAAUCAUCGCCAACGGGUCCAAUUUGACGGUGUGCCCACGCCUGGGGAACGCGAACAUAUGAGGAAGCCAAGCUGA